CUCCCCCCUACCAAAGGAGCAAUCUCGCUCAGUUCACCGGAAUUCCUCCGCGCUUCUCCCUCGAUCGAAUCCCAUCGCGCCGACGUCGCGGGACGAGCAGGUACGGCCUGUUUUUAAGCUGUGUUCAGCGGCGGCAAAGUGGUUGCUUGUCGGAAGGCCAAGAUGGUGGUUCUUGCAGCUUCUAUAGUGAGCAAGUCUGGGAAAGUGCUUGUUUCCCGGCAGUUUGUUGACAUGUCUCGAAUUAGAAUCGAGGGUCUUCUUGCUGCUUUCCCGAAAUUAGUUGGUACUGGAAAGCAGCACACAUAUGUCGAAACCGAGAAUGUUCGCUAUGUUUACCAGCCAAUAGAAGCUCUGUACUUGCUUCUCGUAACCAACAAGCAAAGCAACAUUCUUGAAGAUCUGGAAACCCUUAGGCUUCUCUCCAAGCUUGUACCUGAGUAUUCUUUAUCUCUUGAUGAAGAGGGGAUAGGCAAAACAGCCUUCGAGCUGAUUUUUGCCUUUGAUGAAGUUAUAUCUCUCGGGCACAAGGAAAAUGUCACCGUUGCGCAAGUCAAGCAAUACUGUGAGAUGGAGAGUCACGAAGAAAAGUUGCACAAGCUAGUUAGGCAAAGUAAGAUUAAUGAAACCAAGGAUGUUAUGAAGCGUAAAGCUAGUGAGAUUGACAAAAGCAAGAUCGAGAAGUCUAGAGGUGACAAAGGAGGGUUUAAGGGUCUACAAGGAAUGGGGUCUGGAAGACUUGAGAGUGGCUUUAGUGAGAUGAGCAUUUCUAGCAGUGGAAGUGGCUUUGGAAGUGGGUCUGGAUUUGGAUUGAGCACUGAUGUUGAUUCCUUUUCUACUAAGCCUAAAGGUCGUCCACCUUCAUCUGCCACUGCUCCUCCCAAAGGUCUGGGUAUGCAGCUUGGUAAGAGCCAACGGACAAAUCAGUUCUUAGAAAGCUUGAAGGCAGAAGGUGAAGUAAUUCUGGAAGAUGUCCAGCCAAAAGCUGCUGCAUCUAAAUUGGCUGCUGCUCCGCUAACUGAUCCCAUCACUUUGACUGUUGAGGAGAAAAUCAACGUGACACUCAAACGUGAUGGUGGAAUGAGCAGUUUUGAUGUCCAGGGAACAUUGUCACUUCAAAUUCUAAACCAAGAGGAUGGGCUUAUCCAGGUUCAGAUUGAAACCAGGGGUAAUCCAAACAUCUUUUUCAAGACACAUCCUAACAUCAACAAAGAGUUAUUCAACAGUGAGAGUAUUCUAAGCCUAAAAGAUCCAAACCGGCCUUUUCCAACUGGUCAAGCUGGUGAUGCCGCAGGUGUAGGUCUUCUGAAGUGGAGAAUGCAAACUACUGAUGAGUCUAUGGUGCCUCUGUCAAUAAAUUGCUGGCCUUCUGUUUCUGGAAAUGAAACUUAUGUAAGCAUUGAAUAUGAGGCUUCGUCAAUGUUUGAUCUGAGAAAUGUUGCGAUUUCCGUACCACUUCCAGCUCUUAGAGAAGCCCCGAAUGUGAGGCAGAUUGAUGGCGAGUGGAGAUAUGACUCUAGAAAUUCCAUCUUGGAGUGGUCCAUCGUUCUUAUUGACAAUUCAAACCGCAGUGGCUCAAUGGAGUUUGUUGUUCCCCCGGUAGAUUCUUCUGUAUUUUUCCCCAUAUCUGUGCAGUUCUCAGCUACUAGCACAUUCAGUGACUUAAAGGUCGUGAAUAUCUUGCCUCUGCGAGGUGGAUCGCCUCCGAAGUUUUCUCAGAGAACGCAAUUGAUCACCGAGAACUAUCAAGUUGUCUGAAUGAAAGAUAAUUCGUUCACCUGAACGUCUGCUUCUGCACACUUUUUGGUUUUGUGAAUUCCUGUGCUGCGUACAUUUAUCUGUAUUCGAGUUUUGUUAAGAUCUUUGAUUGAUAGUUUAAUGCUGCCUCUGACCUGUGGCGGAACCUUGAAUUCUUUCAUGAGAAUUUAUCGACUCUCGAGUUUAGAUGUCAUAGAAAUAUCCUUUUACGUCUGUCUUGAGCAUUUCUGGGACAUAUAAAUGAAUGAUAUACACGGUAGUUUGUGUUGUUGCA